AUGAAAUUUACCACCAGAAUUCCUGCAUUGCUCGUUGUUGCAUUAUCAUCGUCUCUGGUUGCCCAAGCAUUACCACCCGUUUCUCGCUCCGCCAAUGCACUGUCUAUUAUCUUCUUCGACGACCUCAAUUUUCUUGGUAACUCUUACUCCCCUGCAAGACCUAUCCCCGACACAUGCAUCACCCUUUCUUCCGACUGGCGAAACCGAGCUAAAAGUCUUAUCAUUGGCUCCGGAUAUUCUUGUUCUUUCCAUAUCUUUACCACUUGCCAAGGGACAGGACAAGCACUGAGUGGGGAUGUUGGCGAGUUGUCUUCAACAAGUAGCCCACCGCUUUAUCAGAACAUUGAGUCCUUUGAAUGCACAAAGCAGGGAUGA